UAUGCCUGUCGUAUAAGGAAAAGCAAAAUUGUGGCAUCCAACAUAAGAGGAAUAAGUAAUAUUUUGAUUUAUAUUAAAAGGAUGCUUAUGAUGAUAAAAUGAUUGCUAAUAUUGAAUUGAAAUCAUUGGACUUUGAUGAUGAAAACUUUUCACCAGUGUUUAAUAGAAGCAAAAAAGAAUUCUUUUUAUAAGCAAGUGAAAGAUAUAAGAAAGAUUUAUCAAAAGUAAUAAAAACAUUAGAAUAAUUUAGUUAGCAAGACCAUUCUAAUCAUAUACAUGUGAAGAAUUUAUUAACAAAUAUAUUUACAUAAAACCAAAUCAUACUUAUUGGAGAGAAUGGACAGUUACUAAAUGGUUGUCUGGAUUUGGAUUAGGAUAUUUGGUUUUGAGAGAAGUAUAUAAUUAUCAUAACAAAUAAAUUAGUUACCAUUACGUAAUUUUUAUGCAAGAGUAUUUGUUAUGUGGAUCUUCUUAGCCAAAUUGAGUGAUCAUUUUUCAUCUAUUUUACCUUAUCAUGGUAAAAUUGUAAUUUCUACACAAUCGGAUAGAUUUACAAAGUAAAUAAGAAUUAAUAUAAUAAUAGUAAAGAUAUUAAUCAAUAUCACAAUGUUUGCAGUGCAUUAAAUUUCUUAGAAAUGCCUACUUUCUAAAAUAGAAUAUCAGAAUCUCUUGCUUGGAGAGCAAAACAACCAGCUCAUUUAUUAUAUAAUGAUACAAAUUGGUGUUUACAUAUUCUUAAGAAAUGGCAUGGUCGUUCAACUCAUAUUGCACAUUGGGUAUUUUUAAUAUAUAUAUUAAAGGAUGGAACAUUUAAUCAACCAUUAGAAAGACUAGCUGACCCAUAUCAUAAAGAUGCACACUUCAUCCAUUGGAUUUGAGU